AAGGAUCAAUUGCUAAAGUACCAACAUCCAUUCAGUGGGCUUUUCCCGCGUCGGCCUGAAGCCCUUGCACAUGAUUGUGUAGCACACGUUCGCGACAAUGUCUACUGUGCUACAGUUAUCUGGGCCUUGCAUCGAGCCUUUCAGCGUAUUGGAGAUGAUUCGGGCCAGAGCUACGAACUCCGUCAGUCAGCCGUGAAAUGUAUGCGUGCCAUUCUCCUUGGUUGGAUGCGGCAAGCGGAUAGGUUAGAAAAAUUCAAAAUUACCCAGAACCUGGAGACGUGCCUGCACAGUCGCCUUGAUUAUGAAACUGGGACACCUGUGGAAGGCACUGGAUAUAAACAUCUUCAGAUGGAUUGUGUUGGUCUCUAUAUAAUUCACACAAAAAUUGAAGCAGCUUUUGUUCAAAACCUUAUCUUCUAUCUGGAAAGAGCCUAUCGUAUUCCCGACUAUGGAAUGUGGGAACGCGGUUCAAAGCAGAAUAGAGACAUUACAGAGCUGCACGCGAGUUCAAUUGGGAUGGCCAAGGCGGCACUUGAGUCUGUCUCGGGUUUUAACAUCUUUGGAAGUGAAGGCGACCACACCACAGUCAUGUUUGCUGAUGCAGACGCUCACACGCGUAAUAGCAGUAUUCUGAGCACUCUUCUACCUCGCGAGUCUGCCUCGAAGGUAGCCAAGCUUGAUCCCUUGCUGGUCAUCGGUGGUAUUUUCCAAUUAUUUAGUGGAAUAGGGUAA